GUGGACAGACGCUCUCAUGUGCCCAUGGACAAGACGGCAUUUGAGAAGUGGCUGGAGUCGGUCUCUGCUGCUUUCCUGUCCCUUAACGACCAGCAGCGGAACCAGUCCCUGGACCACCUGAUCUCCCUGAGCGGGGCGGUGCAGCUGCGGCACCUGUCCAACGGCCUGGAGACGCUGCUGAAGCGGGACUUCCUGCGCCUCCUGCCUCUGGAGCUCACCUUCUACCUGCUGCACUUCAUAAAUGUGAUUAACUCCUGUACAGAGGUGUGGCAAGGUGUGUGUCGAGAGCUGGGCUGGAGGAUUGAUGAGUCCAUUCAGGACGCGACGCAUUGGAAGUGCGUGUACUUGAAGGCCAAGCGGCGGAUGAUGCAGCUGAAGGAUCGGGAAGCCUUUGAGACGUCUUCCCUCAUCGGCCACAGCGCUCGAGUGUACGCCCUCUACUAUAAGGACGGCCUCCUCUGUACAGGAUCUGAUGACCUUUCAGCCAAAUUAUGGGACGUGCGCACUGGCCAGUGCAUUUACGGGAUUCAGACGCACACCUGUGCAGCAGUCAAGUUCGAUGAGCAGAAGCUGGUGACGGGAUCCUUUGACAACACUAUUGCAUGCUGGGAGUGGAGCACAGGGGCUAAAAUCCAGCAUUUCCGGGGCCACACAGGAGCAGUCUUCAGCGUGGACUACAACGAUGACCUGGACGUGCUGGUCAGCGGCUCGGCAGACUUCUCCGUUAAGGUCUGGUCUCUGUCGGUGGGGGCCUGCCUCAACACGCUCAACGGCCACACCGAUGCUGACAAGUAUGAAAUUAAGAUUUGGCCUCUGGGCAGAGAGAUCAACUGCCGGUGUCUGAAGACCCUGUCGGUGUCGGAGGACCGCAGCAUCAGCCUACAGCCGCGCCUGCAGUUCGACGGCCGAUCCAUCGUGUGCAGCUCCGACCUCGGGGUGUAUCAGUGGGACUUUGCCAGUUUCGAGAUUCUCAGGGUAAUAAAAAUGCAGGACCCCGCCAACAUGUCCCUGCUGGGCUUCGGGGAGGUGUUUGCUCUUCUUUUUGACAACCACUUCCUGUAUGUGAUGGACUUGAGGACAGAGGCCAUCUCAGGCCGCUGGCCCCUGCCGGCCUACAGAAAGUCCAAACGGGGCUCCAGCUUCCUGGCCGGUGUGACCUCCUGGUUCAAUGGGCUGGACGGGGAGAAUGACUCUGGACUCGUGUUUGCCACCAGCAUGCCUGACCAUAGUAUUCACCUAGUAUUGUGGAAGGAGAACGGGUAGCCAGCAGGAGAAAGGACCAUGUUGGAAUAUGAGCCGCCACUGCAUGUGCUCUGGUUCCAGAGCCGCCCGCGGGGCUCAUACACGGACCCAGGCUCCUUCUUCUCCAUGUCUUGUUUUGCUGAGCAUGCAGGCUGCUCUGAUCUGAAGUGGGAUGAUGUGUCCCCGCUCUGCCCCCUCAGACCAACGUCCACAGAGACCAUGUUAGUCAUACCGGAUAGAGUAAAGGCAGUUUUAUGGCAUAUAAUUCCCCCACGUGCUCAAAAAGAAUCCCAACUCCUGUUGCAUUGGUGUGAAAUGUGGAAGAGUGAGCGUGUUUGUCCGUUUGGCUCUUUAUGGGAAGAAAACGCACCGUUGACAUUCAAUAGAUCGGCUUGCAAAUAAGUGCCAUGUUUGGAAUGGAGGGAGCCUUUUCUUUUCAGAAACGGGUUUUGUCCCGGCUAACGCCAUGCUGGUCUCUGAGCUAACGGACAGAACAAAUAGUUUCUUCAAGGAAAAGCAGGGUUGCCUUAUACGCUCACUGUUAAUAAAGGAGGAAGGCUCCUUUGAUGUCAGAUGGUUAUGUCCUGAGUGAUGUUUCCUAGGCUUUUCUCAGCUUUUUUAAAUCGUUUUCAACAGAGGAAGGAAGCUAUGUGCUGUAUUUUCAGUUGAGAAGUUUUGUACAUUGUUGUUUACCAUGUAAAAUAUUGGUAGGUUUCACCUUAAUCCACUGAAAAUGCUAAUCUCAUGGAUGUGUGGUUAAAAUGUCCGUCUGUAAGAUGUGAUGUGCCUUUUCAUUUAAUCUGAUGAGGAAAAUACAGAAAUAAGGCACUCUGCAGUAAGACACUGGGCCCACUGUGUGAGUGUGUGUGUGUGUGUGUAUGACUGUGUGUGUGUGUGUGUGUGUAUAUAUAUACACACACACACACAUGCA